AUGGGCCUCUUCACCCAUUACCAAUUGGAGCAGCUAGAUUUUCCUGUGCUGUAUGCAUCUGCUAAGGAAGGUUGGGCUUCCACCACUUACACCAAAGAUCCACCUGCUGAUGCAAGAAAUAUGUCACGGCUGCUUGAUGCCAUUAUAAGUCAUGUUCCUCCACCAACAGCCAAUCUUGAGGCACCUUUCCUUUUUUGA